GCCAAGGGGCGGAGGCGAGAGUGUGUUUGUGUGUGGGUGAGUAGCAGAGUGACAGCAGAAACAGUUGGCGAGCAAAAACGACGCGGUCACGGCGGUGUGGACACAAGUUUGGACGUUUUUUUCUGUUUGGGACACCAACGAUCAAAAGGGACAGACGAAACUGUGACGUCACGCUCGUGUUUUUACCAGAGAGUGUCCGGCUUCUGCUCUCGUGAGGGAUUGCGAUGCCCUCUGACUUUGUCGCACUCUUCAGCGGGGAGCUCGACGUAACUUUUCCCGGAUCCCUGCGCUUCACAGAUAUUGGAAAAACUGCUAGCACGGGGCAGCUAAUAAUAUGGGAUAGGUUCCAGUUUACCCGUGACCCUAAUGAGGACAAGCGGUAUAGAAGAUGGCUGGAUGGAUGUCACAUAAUCAGUGUAUGAUCUUCUGCCCAGAGAGCUGGAGUUUCCUUCUACCAUCCUGCAGAACCUAAAAACUAUGAGCCAAACCAGUGGUGGAGAAGCUGGACCCCCUUCAGCUGGUGUAGAUUCUGGAAGUUCCCUCUGAAGCAGGGAGUGUCUGCAUAUAAAAUGGUCUGCAGUUCUCUGCUUCAUAGAUGGCAUGUCCUCCUCUAUGACCAUGGAAGGCCCCCGCAGUGCUUUUUCCACCUCUUCUAGCUCUACCAAGCAUUGCAGUUCUUCAGCCACUGACCAGAACCAAGUUCACAGUGGUAAUGCUGACACAGAGGACAACAGGAGAUGCAGGGCAAUACCAGAGGUUCUUGGUGCCGAAGGCGGAAGUAGUAACAGCAAUGGCGGUGUUCAUUGCCUGGCCACGAGUGAGGUUGGAGGAGAGAGAGGAGUGGCAGCCCAGGAGGACCAGCCAUAUCAACAUAUGAUGCCACCGAAGCGUCGAACCGAACUGAACAUCUCUCCGCCUCCACAAGACCUGCUUAGUGAUAGUCGCAUGUCCUGUCAAGCAGAGUCAACGUUGGACUCUGAGCACAGCAACAGCAUCUGGAUGGAUGACUCUCUCUCCAACUUCAGUAUCAUGAGCACAACCUCUUACAAUGACAACACAGAAGUGCCACGAAAGUCACGCAAACGUACCCCACGACAAAGGCCGGGGCCCAAGUCUAUGCCUGCCAGCGAAGCCAGCAUGGAUAUUUUUGAUGCCGACAGCGCCAAAGGCCCACACUUUGUCCUUUCCCAGCUAGGCACUGACAACAAGUCUGGACAAAAAGGAAGUUCACAAGAAGCUCCUCAGACACCUCAUCAGAAAGGAGGAGUUCUGUCAAUGCAGUACCCACCCAAGAGUGAAGGGAAGGAACUGAAGAUCCUUAUUCAGCCCGAGUCUCAGCACCGGGCUCGCUAUCUGACUGAAGGCAGUAGAGGAUCUGUGAAGGAUCGCACGCAGCAGAGCUUCCCUACCAUAAAGCUGGAGGGUGUGAAUGAGCAUGUGGUUUUGCAAGUGUUUGUGGGAAACGAUGCUGGACGUGUGAAGCCUCAUGGAUUUUACCAAGCUUGCCGGGUGACUGGCCGCAACACCACAGCCUGCAAGGAGGUGGACAUUGGGGGAACAACUGUCAUCGAAGUCCCCUUGGAUCCAAGCACCAACAUGACCUUAGCUGUGGAUUGUGUUGGAAUCUUGAAGCUCAGAAAUGCUGAUGUGGAGGCUCGCAUUGGGGUGGCUGGGUCUAAAAAGAAAAGUACGCGUGCGAGGCUAGUGUUUCGGGUCAACAUCCCACGUCAAGAUGGCUCAGUGCUCACGCUUCAAACACCAUCGUCUUCAAUCCUUUGCACCCAGCCAGCAGGCGUACCUGAGAUUCUGAAGAAGUCACUGCACAGCUGCUCAGUGAGAGGCGGAGAGGAGGUCUUCAUCAUUGGCAAAAAUUUUCUCAAAGAUGCCAAAGUCAUAUUUCAAGAAAAUGUUUCUGAUGAAAAAUCCUGGAAGGCGGAGGCUGAAAUUGACAUGGAGCUGUUUCACCAGAAUCAUUUGAUAGUGAAGGUUCCACCAUACCAAAACCAAGCCAUCACAUCUGCGGUGUGUGUGGGUAUAUAUGUGGUCACCAAUGCCGGGAGAUCCCACGAUGUUCAGCCAUUUACAUACAACCCAGAUUCAGCAAAUAAUGAAAUUUUUGUGAAGAAAGAGAUUUCCUCUCCAGUGAAGUGUCCCUUUGAUGACCAAGUUCUAAAUAGUACCUUGAUGCCUCCGCUGUUGCCUCAAGUGAAGAAAGAAGAAGUCACUCCAAUGGAGGUCACCAACAACCUCCAAUCCUCUGGGGUGUUGAAGCGGCAGACUCUGGACCUCUGUCCAGCACAGCAGAACCCAGACAGGCCUACAGGCCAUCAGAAUAAGAGCAGAGAAUUUUCCAACACAAUGAUACAGCCUGCAAGCGAUUCUGACAAAAGCCAGGCCCCAGUUUUUUCCAAUACGGAGCCCUUAACUGCAAUCCAGAAGCAGGACCAGGCCACCAGUUCUUUCUCUGUCCCUGCAGACUCAAUACUCCUGCAAGGAUCCCAGCAGUUCCUCAUACAGCCAACAGUGGGUCUUGGGCAGGAGAGCCAAGUCGGCAGCUCUGGGCCUGUGGGGGGACUAUGUGGUGAUCCAGCGCCUCAACAGCAGCAACUGUCUAUGUUCCCUUCAGAAGGAGUGGCGCAGUUAGAGGAGGCAGUUAGACAUCUUAAGCCUCAAGGAUUUUAUAUGACCAACCAACAGCAACACAUUCAGCAUCAACAGAUACAAAACCAGCAAAUUCAACAGCAGCAAAUUCAGCAGCAACAACAGCGUAUUCAGCAGCAGCAGCAGGCCCUGGAGAAUCUACAACAGCAGAUAUUUCAGUCACAAAUUCAGAUACAGCAUAUGAGCGUGGAGCAGCAGGGCUCCUCUCCGGGUGCUGUGCCAAACCAAGGAUCUCUUUUCCAGCAGACUCAGCAGCAGCAGCAACAACAACAUGCAGCUCUCUUUCAGCAGACCAAUGAACUACUUUCUAUUCAGACUAACUUCCUCCAGCAGACACCCUCACAGCCCUCACCACCAGCGUUUCACAAUCCCAAUCCUUUGGCCAAAGCCCAAGAUGCACAGGGGGGUCUGUUUCACAGCCAGAAAGCCUCUCACACUCAAGAGCAGGUGCAGGCUGCACUCUUCCAAAACAACAUGACAGUCCUGCAGUCUCCAGACCAACAGCCUUCGCCCCCAAGUCUUUUCCUUCCCCAGUCGUCUCUUUCAUCUCAGCUUACAAACAGUAGUAGCCAGCAGCAGCAGCAACUGGCCUUCCUCAAUGCUCUGCAAACACCUGCGCCUGAGCAACAAACAGUAUUUCAGCCUCCAACUCAGCUCUCUCCCAUUCAGCAAGGUGUGCCAAUGGACCAACAACAGCCUUCCCAGACGCAGCCCCUCUCCCAAACAACUCAGCAGCAAACUUUGUUUCAGAACAUCUCUCAGCAGCCAGCUGCAAACACACUGUCUGCAGGUCAGCAGCAACAACCGCAGGCUGGUUUACUAUUCUGUAACCCCCUGUCCACUACAGACCAGGCAUCCAGCAUCCUGUUCAGCAAUCAGGGACAGAUUCCUCCAUUGACCAGCAGUAGUGUAGUUUCCCCAGAGCCCCAGAACCCUUCUCUACUUUUCUCUAAAGCCGGCAUGGCGACAGGAAAUCAGCAGGAUCGCUCUGAGCCUAUGGCCUUAAGUAACCCUAAUGAUACACGCCAGCAAGUGCUGUUUCAGGAUCAGCAACCAAUGCAGCUUGGAACAACCAUUAGCAAUAGGCAAGAGCAAUCUGUCGGACUCUUCAUGCCUCAGCCAAACAUGACCUCCCUGCAGGACGAACUGGUUGUUCAGGAGCUCGCACAGUCAGCAAUGUUUGGCUCGCAGAAUGGUGUGGCAAACCUCCAGACAACGACCUCUUCACCUGUCCAGCAGCCAGGGACACUGUUUCAGUCAACAGUCAGUGGAAGCGUCAGCCAGCCCAGCCAGCCUCAGCAACCUGAACUCUUCCUUUUUGGGAUUCCAAACGAAUGUGGUCAUCUGAUGAAUGCACCAGGAAACACGUUGUCGGAUCAGAUCAUAGCCAUCAGCCAGUCUGGCCAGAACCAAAGAGAGAGUGAGGCCCGGAUUCAGUCGCUCCUCAGCCAGUCGCUGUCACAGUCAGUUACGGGACAGAGCAGCAUGAGUGCCUCCCAGAACAUUGAGAAGAUUGAUGACCUGCUCGUCAGCUGCUUGCAAGAGCCGGGCAGCAGCUUAACUCGUUCUUACUAAUCAUAUAUUUUAUUAUUAUGUUAUCAAAUGUAAACGAAGAGUCAAAACAUUUUAUAUAUCAAAAUUUAUUGGAAGCUUUGUACUUUGGUCUGAGCAAUGUAAUGGUCUUCUGCCCAAUUAACAUUGUGGGCAGAAUUUGAAGAAACACUGACUGUAAAGCAUUGUUUUCCUUGCAGAGACGGCUCCUUGAAAACUCUUUAAGGUGAACUAGAUCUGAGUGAAAGUAGUAUUGCUUAAUGGAAGUAUUGCUUAACAGGGGUGUCACGAGACACUCAGUUCACAAGAUGAGACGAUGCACAACAUUGGGUCUACAAGACGAUAUGAGAUUUUAACUUUACUUUUAAGAAAAGUACAAUGAAAACAUAAAAAUGUACGGCAAUAUGACAAUCUACUAAUAUAAUUUCUACUACGUUACACUCUUCUGCACUCUGUGUGUAUGCUACCAGCCCCGCCUCCACCGACAGAGAUAAAGAGACUAUGACUGACAAAAGUACCAGGCCUAGUGCCCACGAGACAUUUUUUUUCUGAACGAGAAAUCUUGUCACGUGUUAAUCUUGCGAUAUCUUGUGACACCCCUAUUGCUUAAUGAACUAAUUGUGUAUUUGAAGGUGUGUAGAUGUGACUCUAAAAUCCUCCUAUAUAUCUGUUCCUCUCUUUUUUUCCAGGCGUUAUGGGAGUGUAUGGCAGGAAAAUUUGUAAAGACUGUAGAAUGACUGUAAAGUGUUCGGUAGUGUGGUUUGAAAAUAGUGCAGAAAGUUUACCAAGGGAAGGAGAAGAGAUGAAGUAAAGAAAUGGAAAAGAAUUUCUGCAAUUAUUACAUGAUGUAGACCAAUAUUGGCGAAUGGUGUGUUUAGAGCAUUGCUUGAGAUCUCAACACAGACAAAAAUGUGUAAAAAAAAAAAAAAAAUUAUUAGAUUUGUGUUAUUUUGGCACAGAGUUGUGAUACUGUAACAAAGUAUAAUUUAGCUUUCCGCACUAGGUUUUGUGGCAUUCAUUUGUUAGCCAUACUAUCUUAUGUCCCAAAAUGUAGUAUCAUUUGCAAAAAGUUCAGCUAACUGAGGAACAUUUGAAGCAAAUGUGUUUCAAAGUAAAGUAAUAACAUUCUUAUUACACUGCAUAUACAUAUAGUACAAAUAACAGAAUGUAAAGUACUUUAAUAUUGUGUCAUUCGUCCGUUGAAAGUGUGAUAGUGAUAGAAUCACUCAGCGUCAGGUACGCAUAACUUAAAAGUGUAGUCUUCUUAUGCUUCAGAAACUUGCCUACGCCAGGAAGGAAUGUUUUCUGUGCUGUGUCUGCUCACAAGAUUUUGAGAAUGUAUGCUGUUAAGAAUUUUGGCUGUGGGUGCAGCGUUUGGUAUUCCAAGAUAUCUUUAAAGGCAUAAUUUGCAUGUGCAUAGCACAAGCUCGUGCCUGAGAUGAGACCCUCUUAACCAACGAGGAGCGGCCUGUUUUUCGGCAGGCACUUAGGUCUCUGCCCUGGUUGUAAGAUAUAUGAAAGUCGACUAAGCUGUCCCUGUGCCAGCCAAUUUAGUUUCAACACUGAGCUUUAGUCAGGAAUUGAGAUUCAGGACUCAAGACUUAUGAUUGCAAUCAUGGCUCCUUCAUGCCACAAGCACGAGAGCUGGAUAUAUGCAUGUUCAAGUUCUCACAUAUAGGAUCCCUUUCACAUUUCCAAUUGGCCAGAGGUCUGUGCUCUCAAAGUGCCGUUCAGACUUUAUUCAUGUACUGUAUCUAGUCAAUGGUUAACACUAAUUUGUCUAUAUUAACAGUCUACUUCAUUCAUUCUUGGAGAAUUGACUAGCACUGGCUUGCUUUGUGUAAAUCUUGAUGACGGGCCAGUUUUAUGGCUUCUAUUUCUUUUUUCUAUUGUGCCAUUUAAUGCAUAUAAAAAAACAUCUCCCAUCAAAUCACUCUUUUUGCUUCUGCAUUUUAUCCUGCUCCAAUGCUUUUUUGGGGUUGGUUUUAUAUUUUUGUGAACAAGGGGCUGGUCUCUGACAAAAUACUUAUUUCAAUACAGUAUCUCAAAUUUCUUGUUUUUGUAUGCACAGUUUGUAAGGAAUGCAGCCCGGCACGGUUACAAUUACUCAUUUUGUGUGGUGUAGAUGUUUAACCUUGACUACUGUGAUUAAUGGUGUGUUUUGUUGAUUUGAGCAGAGCUGUUCUUCAGUGGGACACCUGACAGCUACAGUAUGUAUGUCAUUGGCUCUCUUGAAACUUGUGAAACUGAAGAACUAAGAUUGCCAGUGUUGAAUAUUUAUGAUUGUUUGUUUUUGUUUCUCCAGAAAGUUUGAGUCUUCUGAGGCAUAUAUAACUUAUUUGUGUGUCAACUCAAACGUGUAGUUGUGUUUAUAUCUUUCUACCUGUUACUGGUGGCCGUCGAUAUGGUGAUCCCAUUGCAGCGUAUUAGUGACGCAAUAUGACAGAGAAAAGUGCCUUUUCUUCCAAAAAUAACGCAUACAUCACUGUAUCAAAGUAAAUUCUGGUGAUUUAGGUAAUUUUAUGUAAAACCUUUUCAAUCAAGGCUUAUAACUAGAAUCGCUGGCACUCUAUCUUUUCAAAAAGGAACUUUCAGUAUUAUAACUUGUACACGGAUAGUCAUCAGUGUAGCAAGAGUACCGUACUCAAUGUGGUGCACUGAGUGGCAAACAUCCCACUGAUUUUAGAAUGCUUUGAAUACACACUGGGGAAGUGCAUGAAUUUAUAAGUGGAUGACAUAAUAGAUAAACGUACAAAAACAUAAAUUCCGAACUGUUUUCUUUCACUAGAACAAGGUGUUUAAUUUUACCAUUACCAGUUGACGACUUUUCAAAAUAUAAUUUCAAACACUUGUAGAUAUUUUAUAUGGGCAUGAAAUAUUUGUUUCGUCUAACACCGAAAUUGCUCUGCUAGUAACAAUUAGUUCCCAAUAACUAUGUUACAAGCAGAGUGCCGUUCAAUGUGCUAAUAAUGCUCUACAGCAAAAAUCAGAUAGAUAUGGUCAAUGUCUUGUGCAAUUUUUGUCAUGCAUCUAACCUCUUUGUACUCAAGUAUACAGUGCAUUUAUGUCAAACCUCAUGGAUGCACAUAUUUGUGAAACUGCUAUGCAGCUAAUACAUAUACUGUAACUGUAGAUCCGUUAGUUUUUGAAGAUGUAUUUUUCUAUAAAGCCGCUCACUUUUUCAUAUUACGGGGUAACCAAAGUGUUUCAUUCCAUUAUUUAAGCUUGCCGUCUGAACUGAUCUCUCAUCUCUUUUCCUGGGAAAUUGCCAACACAUUCGUAUUAUACUUGGUAUUUUCUUCUUGCUUGUAUGUUUUUAUGUGCAUAUGUUUGCGUUCUAUCUAGGCUCUGUGUUUACUUUACUAGAGCAGUGGUGCUUGAUCUCUUUUGAUUCCUCUCAGGGCUUUAGGACCAGGAAAAGAAAUCAGUGCACACUGGAUUCAGUCACAUUUCAUUUUUAAUUCUUGGGGGUUCUUGUUUGGCGAUUAACAAUGUCUUUUUCUUCACACAUCUUUGACACAUUUAAAGUCUCCCAACACAAUGUUAAGCACUCCCGCAGUUAACGUGUUUUAGUAAAGGAAAUGGGUUUUGUUUUCAAACCAUGUGAACAACUAUUAAAUGACUUCUUAAAAAAAAAACUGUUCAGCUUUUGUCGGGAUCAAUUUUUCUGUAAAAUUAUCUAACCUAUAUUAAAUAUAUAUACUUUUAUUAUAAAGUUUCUUGGCCUUCAUUUUACAAUGCUUUUUUUGUAUUGCAUUGGUGAAGAAUACUUUACUGAAAGUUUCUGGCAUGCGCAUUAUUUACAAGUGUGCAGGGCUGCAUGGGGGGGGGGAAAUGCCGUGUUAUUGUGUCUUGUUAAGCAGUGGUGUCUUCGUUGAUCUAGUUGGGCAAUUAGCGCACACCUGUGUUGACUAGAUAUUGAGUGCAGACAACGCCUGAAUAUGAGCGCAAUAGGAGAGAAAAUUUCAUACAAAGACACCAUUGAUGAGUUUACGACGUAGUAUUAGGGCAAGAUUGAAAAAAUAAUCUGAGAUUUCAAGAAUAAAGUUGUAAAUUUACGAGAAAAAAAGUAAAUUUAUGACAAAGUCAUAAUAUUACCUUUGCCCAAGGCCAAAGGUCACAUAAUUCCCUCCUUUUCUCAGUUAUCUCAGGCAAUGCCUGUUACGACGGAGUAUUGGUAGUAGUAGUACUUUAUUAAUCCCACAGCAGGGAAAUUCAUCUCAUUAAAAUGAGACUUUGAGAAUAAAGUCGUAAAUUUGCAAGAAAAAUCUCAUAAUAUUACAAAAAUAAAGUUGUAAAUUUAUGAGAAUAAACUUGUAACUUUAUGUUACAGGCAUUACCAGAGACAACAAUGAAAAGGG